CGUAAUGUGGAGUAGGUGAGCCAACCUAAAUAACACUACUUUCCCACCGCUGAAACUCUUGCGGUUGGUUCUAGUCAGAUUUGAUAUAAAGUUUGUCUUAGACUGUCCCAAUGCAACUGGGGAUUUGAGAGGUUGGUGAGGUAUGCUGGCGAUGGCUUUUGCGGUUAGGCCUAAGAUAAUUUCGCUGUCAUUCUAUGUCCAAACCAGGAAAGAAGGUUUUGAACCAGUGUUUGGGAAAAGGGUUUUUGGGAUAACGGAUCGCGUUGGUACCCUGACCCUCAAGUGUACUCACGAGCGAAGCAGCAAAAGCAGCGAUGGAAAGAAAGGAGGCGUGUCUAAUUCGAAUUACGUGGUGCCGCUGGACAAUUCCUCUCCUUUCUCCAACUCAUCCUGCAUAACUCGUCCUUUAGCCGAGAUACUCCGAGACCUCAAUAAAAGAAUCCCCGAUACUAUCGUCAAAGCUCGUGUCCCUGGAGACCCUUCUGCUUCCACCUUCAUCCCCUGGUAUCAUGCCAACAGGAUGUUGAGCUUCUACGCCCCAGGAUGGUGUGGAGAGAUACGCGAUGUCAUUUUCUCUGACAAUGGCAGUGUAACUGUGGUAUACCGUCUUACUGUGCGGGGAUCUGAUGGAGAGGCCUAUCGUGAGUCAACUGGUACAAUAUCACCCAAUGAUGUCUCCAUUGGUGAUCCAGUUUCAGCUGCCGAGGAAAUUGCUUUCUGCAAAGCUUGUGCCCGGUUUGGUCUUGGCUUGUAUUUGUAUCAUGAAGAUAAAAUGAGCCGCAUGUAAGCUUCAAAUUUUUUGUUUUGGUUGGAUGUGAUGUUGUAUUGUUUUCUUCUCAUUGAUGUGAAUAGAAGUAGACAAUAGGUGGCUGCUGUUAGGUACUCAUUAUAAACUGUCAAGUAUUGUGGAAAACUUGAAGCCGUAUCUUUUGUUUUUAUUGCUCAUGUGAAAUCAAGUUUCUUUUAUUGCUCAGGUA